UUUUUUUUUUUUUUUUUUUUUUUUUUUUGUUUUUUUGUCGCAAUUAUACCCUCCACAUCAAACCCCAAUAAAGCCCAGAUAAAACCACAAUGUCCAAAGGCAGCGCAGCCCUCCUCGCCGCCCUGGCUAACCGGCGAUCCUACUACGCUCUCCGCCGCGAAUCACCCAUCUCGGACAGCAAAAUCCAGUCCAUCCUCGGCUCAGUAAUGCACAAAACCCCGUCCGCAUUCAACUCCCAAACCACGCGCACAAUCCUCCUCCUCAACCAAGAACAUGAGAAACUCUGGAACAUCACCAAGGACGUAUUGUUGGCGCGCAUCGGACCCGAGGCAUUCAAGAAGACGGGACCGAAGCUGGAUGGGUUUAAGGCGGCAUAUGGCACCGUAUUGUUCUAUGAAGAUCAGCCCGUGAUUGAGGAUCUGAAGGCGAAGUUCCCCCUCUAUGCGGAGAACUUCGAGCCUUGGUCUGAACAUACGAGUGGGAUGCAUCAGUUGAUGGCUUGGGUGGCGUUGGAGGAGGAAGGGUUCGGGGCUAAUUUGCAGCAUUAUAACCCUAUCAUUGAUGAGAAGGUUGCGGCGAAUUGGAAUGUGCCGGCUAGUUGGAAGUUGAGGGCGCAGUUGGUGUUUGGUGUUCCGGAGGGGGAGAGGCCGGCGGAGAAGGAGAAGAAGGAGCUGGGGGAGUUGAUGAGGGUUUAUGGGGCUAAGAUUUGAGGUUGGUUAGAGACCGUCCGUUUGAGCAAUGGUUAAGACUAGACACGAUAGAAGCAUAGCACAGCGAAUAGAGGUUGUGAAUUUGAAUAGAAGGUUAUUUGAACCCCAUGACAUUUCUCUACUAUCAUUUUUGCCCAAGAUCGGGUUGUUGUCUUGUGACAUGCCACUAUGAUCAGUUAAUACCCU